ACAGCUUUUCGAAAACAGUGUGCGAUAAGAUUGUGUUAAAAGCGUUAAAAGUGUACACAGGUAUUUUUACGCAAUAUUGAAAAUUUGAGUUACUUUUUCUUUAAUAAUGGGUGGUAAGGAUAAAAAAGGACCAAGAACUAAAGGCAAUACAAAGCCUUCCAGUUCUGGAAGAAGUGCAGAACUCCUAGGUCACAUCCCUGAAUUUGUUGGAUUUGGUGGUUUACCUGAAGGAUCCUAUGUACCCAUUGUUGGGAUAAAUUCUCAAAUUGAGGAUGCAUCAUCAGAUCUAAAUGUUCCAGCAGAUUUCCGCCUUAGUCUACGAAAAAUGGGAAAGCGUGACUCUAUAACAAAAAUCAAAGCUCUGCAGGAAUUUUCUGAACUCUGCAAACAAAAUUCUGUGGACACACUGAAAUGUGUUCUGCCGUUCUGGCCAAGAAUUUUUUCUCGCCUUGCUGUUGAUGGAGAUAGAAGAGUGAGAGAAUAUCUCCAUAAAUCACAUUCACAGUUAACUAGUCAACUUGGAAGAAACAUAGCCCCACAUUUAAAAGAUAUGAUGGGUGCUUGGUUCACUUCCCAAUGUGACACAUAUGCUCCAGCAGCUUCAUUGGCUUCUCAUUCACUUAAGACCUGCUUCCCUGGCAACAAACUAUUAGAUGCAAUAUCAUUUUGUCACAACGAGAUCAUGGAUUAUAUUAAAGAUUCUAUUUUCAAAGAAGAAAAUCUUCCAGACGAACAACAAGAACGGAUUACUAUAGGAGGAAUCGGUGGUUAUUCUCUUUUACUCCAGCAAGUUAAAUCCGAUGUUAUAGAAGCCGAAAAAAAUCUGCCGCGUCAUACUGAGGUGUGGGAAAAUGCCAACCUCUACAAAGUUGUUGAAAAAAGUAAAAGCUUAAUCAUCAAACAAGCAUGGUUUGGCCUAAUAUACAAUUUGGUCCAUUAUUUACCCAAGGUUGCACAAGACAAUUCAAAAAAAAUUUUGCCAUCUGUUUUCAAGUUUUUGGAUGACUCCGAGUCAACAUCUCAGUUGGCGCUAUGGGAAACUACGUUGAAAAUAUUGAUGACCGUAGAGAAUGCUUCAAGUUAUGUCAACCUCCCUUCUCAUGCGACCCCUAGAUUCCUGAAUCUUCUUCGAAGCGCUUGUUCGGGAAACGCUAGCAAAAUUUGUCCUCUAGUGGUACCUUAUGUGCGACUCCUGAGGGACAACAAAAAAACCUCCACCGAAAAAGAAGAACUCGACCGCCAAGUGAUUGAGGCACUAUUUCAAGGCCUCUUAUGCCGCAACAUUGCCAACAGUAGUGUAGAGGCUUCUGCUCUAUCCUCAACUCUUUUCCAGUUACUGGACUACAUAAUCGAAGUGACGCAAGAUUCUACUCACGUUACUGAACUACUCAAAAACACGUUUAUACCUUCCCUUGAUUUAAUGAUAAAAUCGCAAUGCAGCGAAUCGGUCGUAUCUGCUGUGAUUCGUCAAAUGACAACGACUCUAAAUUCCUGGUUCAGGACGAAGGAAAAAAUAGCAACGGAGUUCUGGGAUUUACUAGAGGUUUUUAUCAAGACAUUGACUGCUCAACCUCCGCAGCCUGAAUCCUCAUCAGUGUUCAAAAACGUGGCGUUAAUCAUCUUGGUGUUGAUGAAUUCUCACUCCAAACUGGACCUCCGCGCAAAAAUGACCAAGCGUGUCGUUCGUCUACGGUUUGCUGAUGCAAACGCGGAUUGCGAUAGCAAAGUGCAGGAAGCGUCAGUUGUGCAGCUACCAGAAAUGCCUAUUCUUUUCAAAGAAAAAGUGGUGAACAUGAGCGUAGUUAUCUGCAAAGAUGCUUUAAAGCGAUGUGAAAUAGGCGAUUGCGACCCUUCUCUGCGUCUUUUCGCUUCUCUGAUGGAAUGUGAAGAUAUUUUGCGCGGAUUAUUGGCUGUUGAAAGCGCCAGUUCGAUUGAAAGCAUGUUGUGUCUUAUCCAGCGGCUGCUUCAAAAAUUACGAGAUAACAAUACCUCUACUUUGUUUCUCUCAAUUUUGGAUGGUGUGGAUAGAGAUCUUAGGCACAAGAUCUUGGAGGAACUCAGUCUUGACAAUUUGACAUACAUAUCCUUGGCCACAACUGCACUUGAGAACUCAAAUUUAUCCCAGAAACAAGUGGUUUCAGAAUGGCUUGAAAGUGCCAACAUCGGAGAAUUGCUCAUUUCCACUACCAGGAGUUUUGGUAACUUCCAUAACGAAGACGAAAAUAGCGCCGUGUCUUGGAGAUUGCUUCGCGCAGCAUUUAAUGCUAAGAAACUGUCAAGCCGAGUACAUUUGCUUCCAAAAGAACACAUAAGUGGUAUCAUGAAUGCGUUCAUUGAAAUUCUCAGGGAUGAGCACAUAGAAGAAGAUUCCAUCGCUUUUGUUAUUCAAAAGUUUUCAAACAUGUUGAAGCCAUCUGCUGCUGAAUCAAACUUCCUGUUGGAGUCAUCGGAUGAAUGGCUUGACUCUUUGGUCGACGUUCUGUGCUCUACCAAGCACAUCCAACCAGAAUCUUUCAGUAUGCUAUUAGAAAUGUGGAAACAUGGCGCUAGUUACUCCAUCCAUUGUCGAUGCCAGUCGGCUGUCACUGUAAUCAAGCGAAAACUACUUGCAAUCCCGGAAUGCGGUAUGGCUGAACGCUUGGUCGAAGUCUUUCAACAUAUUUUAGAAUUGGAAUUACAACAGAAUGAUCCGGAAGCAUUGUGCUUAAUAGUACGUCAAGUUUUGCUCACUGAUGCCGAAUGGACGGGUUGGAUGAAAGAAGCGACCUCCUGUGAUCUAAUGGCGAAAGAAAUUAUGAGUGGCAAUUAUUGCCACUUUGUUCCAAUCACAAAUAACUUUAAGCCUGUUCAGCUCAAUAGUUGGGCUGGACUUCUGAACGCUGCAUUUAUGGUCUCAUCGAUUAUGGUUCAUAACCAGGACACAUUUGAGAAAGAUCGGACUGAAAUAAUUCCAAACAUUUUCUUCGCAUCUGCCGUCGCUGAUCUUCUUCAAGAAACCAACAGAAAUCGCACGAAGGACGCAAUGUUAAAAGACAUCGAGAAAAUGAGUGGAGUGUUGGAAAGCAACGCCAACAUUUUGUUAUCCAGUUGUUCCACUUCAGAGAAGACGGAAGUAAUUAAAAAGACCGUGUUUAACUCCCGCCAGUAUCGUUGGAUUUGGUGUUUAGUGGCCAGAAAGUUGCAGACCAUUUUGCCUCAAAGCUUCGAGGAAAACGAAACAACAGAAGAUGUUGUAAUGAUUUUAUCAAGCCUCAGUGAUGAAAAAUUAAAUAGGAUCACCUUAUCUCAAAUCUCCAAGUUGUCCACCCUUUCAACGAACAGCUGGACGGAAUCAUAUCAAAUUUUAACCUCUAUUCGCUUUCUUUUGGAAAAGUUGAAGGCCAAUAUCAACAACGACACUAUGGAUGCAUUAAUUGAAUCGAUGAAAAUUCUACAAUCAUGGCAAUUGGAACACGACGAAAGUUUUCUUUUUGGUCUUGAUUUGAAGAAUGUUUCGCGUUCGGGUUCAAGUGUUAAAGCGGUAUGGACAGUUAUCGAAAUAAUUCGGCUUUUGUCGACUGUCGUUGAACUUUACCCAGUCAAACUUGUGCAUUCCUUGUGGGACUUCAUCCUAUGUUCGAUGACAUCAUGGUGUACAACACUGGAAGAGAGCUGGGCGGAAGUGUCUUCUUCCAACCUAAAUACCAAUCCAUUUUUGCUUUCGUUUACUGUAGCUCUCAGUCGUUUGAUUCAGAGCUGUGGAACCCUUAUGGCUGAUGUCGAGCAGAAGAAAGAAGAAUUAAUCUCUGCUAUUCCUCCCAACUUAGUUACAGAAUGGAACGAUGUGUUUUCUGACGCAACUUAUAAUGCUGUAUUGCCAAUCUUUCUUCGACUGUCCCGAAACAACCCUUCCCAUCUUUCGGCCUUCUAUUUGAUGGAAACUUUGGCACUGUCUGUUCGCCAUGCGCCUAUGAAAGUUGUUCAACCUACUGCAGAAAAACUGUCAUCUCUCCUUUUAGCUAAACAUUCGGCUAUUCAAUUUGCAGCUCACGGAUUAAUUAUUAAAUUACUCCCAGAAAUCACGUCUACAGAAUUGGCAAAGUCCAAAGAAGAGGUGGAUGGCGAUGAAGAAAAAACCGAACGACCCCCUCCUCAGGCACUCUUGCUUCCGUUAGAAAAAGUCGCUUUGGAGGAUCUCGAUGAACUUCGUUGCGGUGAUUUGCACACCACUGAACCUUACAGCGAAGAAUGUACUCAACUGAUAGGCUACUUCUUGGGCUGGGAUGUGAUUCUUCGCUUAUGCGGAUGUUCGAGCUCUGAGUUGCGCUAUCAAUAUGCUUCGUAUUUGAGUAACUCCAAUCACAUUUCGCGGCUGAUGAACAUCUUAUUCUGCAUCAUACCACACGCCAGCUUUCAGCAACAAGCAGAUUUGGAAAUAGAAUUUUUGCCUAAUGUUGUAUUAACAGAGAAGGUCAUCCAAAAUAUGGCUGUAAUGGUAUAUUCUUCUGCUCUGAGGCAUCUUCCUGCCGUUGUCAGGCGAUGGUGCAACAAUGCUGACAAGCGAACGGCAAGCUUAGUUGAGAAAUUUACUUCGCGGUGUGUUAGUCCGGUUUUGUGUACAUUAGACUUGCAGUUUUGCAGCAAAACCUGGGAUAACAUGACUGUCCGCGUACGACCCACAGCAAGAGAAGUCAUCGCCACAUACAAACUAAAUGAAGAAGGUUCCAUGGAACUGAUUAUGCAGUUACCUGCUAAUUAUCCUCUGGGUAACAUUGUGGUGGAGACCGGAAGAAAAGUGGGAGUAACUGCAAGUCAAUGGCGGAGCUGGAUAUUACAGUUGCAGACUUUCUUGAUGCAACAGAAUGGAUCGAUUUUGGACGGCCUUUCCUUGUGGAAAAGAAAUGUUGACAAGAGAUUUGAAGGCAUUGAAGAGUGUUGUAUUUGCUAUUAUGUUUUGCACGGUUCGAAUUAUCAAUUGCCAAAAUUGAGUUGUCGAACAUGUCGCAAAAAAUUUCAUGCCCAUUGUCUCUACAAAUGGUUCAGCACCAGCAACAAUUCUACAUGUCCUUUCUGUCGUAAUUUGUUCUAGAAAACACACCGUGCACCGUUUCCUGGUGCACACAUUUAUAAAGGAUCCAAACUCUAAAGCAAAGAAAAUGUAUUUCAUGUAAAGUGGAAAUACAAAAAUGUAAGGUUAA